AUGGGAGAGGUCGGCGGCGACCUUGACCGUCAGUGGUCGAAUGGCGAGGCGGCGGGUCGGGAUUUUUCCGAGGCCGACUCCAAGGUGAGGGUCAUCGAUCCCGCGAUCUACGCGGAAACCCUGGGCGCGUACCUCACGGUCAAGGACGAGCAGAGAGACGUCCUCGUCGACCGUCUCUCGGAGCUGCACCUUGCGGAGAAGGAAAAAAAUAACGAGGGCGAACCGGCGACGUAUCGCUGCCAGUCGGCCCUGGGUCUGUCCGGGGACUCGUUGAGCACCCUGACGACCGACGGGUCGAUCCGCAGAACGGAGCGACGAUGCGUGCUCGGAACUCCGGAGCCCCAAUCGGGGAUCAAGAGGUACGUGGUGAACGGCCACAAGGUGGUGCAAUGCUCGAUGGCGUCGUUCUCCAGCUCGGACAGCCAGCUGGGUGGUCCGGGAUCGACGAGGAAUUUUGCGGAGAAAAUUCGGACCCGGAGGAAGAGGAAGAUCGGUAAAGGCACGACGGAGGAGGAGCGGGCCGAGAUGCGCAGGAAGGAGGAGGAGGAGAGGGCCCAAAGGGAACUCAGGGAAAGGGCGAACUUCCUCGGGUGGGUCGAGAGGAAGAAGAAGGAGGAAGUUGAGAGGAAAGAAGCCGAGAGGAAGGAGGCGGAGCUGAGGAGAAGGCUUAAAGAGAUCGAGGAACAGACCGUCGUCGCCAAGACGAUCUGUCUUCAGCAGUGGGUCAGAAAAAAGGACGAGAAGCUGAAAGCGCUGCAGAAGGAGCAGCGCUCUAAUCAGCGGAAGGCCGAGGAGGAAAAAGAGAGAAGACUCGAGAAGAGCUCCAAGGCCUUCGAGGAGUGGCGAGAGAAAUCGAAGAACAAGCCGAAGCCCGCCACCCAAGGACUGCUGCCUCAUCAGAAAGCUAUUCCUGCGUACGUCAACCCGAUCCCCUGGCAGCCGGUCGUCCAGAGCGAGGAGAACAACGUAGACAAACCUUCCGAGUCGACGACGAAGAGGGGAGCCCGAUUUCCUAACAGGAAACUCCUCGGUCAAAGACCUUAAAGAUUACCUAAAAAAAUACCACGUCGUACUCC